CUGUCCCCUCUCGCUAGUUUCACUUUACCCCCAACUUCUCCCACUUUUGCCACACCAAUGGACGCGCCGCCGCCGAUUCCCCGGGAGGCGUGGGAGGGCUGCAGCGUCCUCCUCGACAUCAACGACGGCGACCGCCUCGCCUUCUUCCGCCUCACCCCCGCAGCGACGGUGAAGAUCGGGAACAAGACCUGCUCGCUGCAGCCGCUCGUGGGGCGCCCUUUUGGCACCCUCUUCCGCGUCGGAGCUGACGGGCUCGUCCCCUGCGCCGCCGCAGAUGCCCCAUCCCGUGAUGAUAGCAUGCAAGAUGGUGCCGACGGCCAAGUGCAGGAUGAAACCAGGGACAAUAGGUCCCUGGUUGAUAAUAAUACAGCCCAGAAUUUAUCUAGUGAUGACAUAGAGGCAAUGAAGAGGGAUGGUGCAACUGGUGAUGAGAUUGUGGAAGCUUUGAUAGCGAAUAGUUCAACAUUUGGGAAGAAAACUGUAUUCUCACAAGAGAAAUACAAGUUAAAGAAACAAAAGAAAUAUGCGCCUAAAGUUCUUUUACGACGCCCUUCUACCCGAAGCAUUUGCGAGACAUACUUCAAGAAAAAUCCAGCUCGAAUAGGGUUUAUGCGAGUUGACACGCUAUCUCUCUUAUUGUCUAUGGCAAACAUCGGUCCAUAUUCAGAUGUGCUUGUGGUUGAUAUGGUUGGAGGUUUAAUUGUUGGAGCUGUUGCUGAACGUUUAGGAGGUACAGGAUAUGUUUGCAGCGCAUAUCUUGGUACAGUACCCAGCUCCAUAGACAUUAUAAGAAUGUACAAUCUGAGCAGUGAUAUGGUCAGCAGGAUUGUUCAGGUGCCACUUAUUGAACUAUGCUCUAUGCAAAGUUCUGGGAAUACCCCUUAUGUUCCCAGUGGUAACACUGAAAGGGAGGUGGUCAAGCCUGGUGUAGUACAAGAUGAGGAUGCACAGGCAUCUCUAGCACAGGCAGUUGACACAGCAGAUGAGAAGGCGCAGUUGUCAACAGAACAAACAACUGAUAUGGAGAUCUCGAAGCCUUCUUUGGAUGUUCAAGAUGAAAACUCUUCAUUAGAAUGCAAAGGUGGUGAUGGUGAUUCAAUUGCCUCCAAAUUUAAACCUGGAAAAGCACCAUCACCAGAGAAGAUGAAAUAUUGGAAUGAACAUGGCUUUAGCAGUUUAAUUGUUGCUGCCCCGGGCCAUGAGGUGGAGAAUUUUGUUGCUGAUCUGCUUCCGUUAUUGUCUUAUUCAGCACCGUUUGCUAUCUACCAUCAAUAUCUUGAGCCUCUUGCAAAGUGCAUGCACACCUUGCAGGUAUCAAAAAGGGCUAUUGGAUUGCAGCUUUCUGAACCCUGGCUACGUGAAUACCAGCUCUCUAAUGGUCACCCGAUCGCUAGCUCUCACGGAGGGAAGGUCUCGCUCUCGCUCGGCAGCUGAUCACCAGCUGCUUCACUCCUCCCCGCCCGCUCCUAUUAUAUUGCUAGCCAGAGGCAGGGAGAAUGGAGCGCAGAUAUUUUUUUUUGAAAGAAAGGGAGCGCAGAUGUCAAUUGGGGAGAGGCUCUUGGCCCCGUUCGAGCUGCCCUGUUGCCUCUAGAAGGGCGCAGCUCCGCCCAGCAGUUCUUGGUUGGAUUCUGCCGCCGCCUCCUUCUUGAGAGGUAAAGGGGCUCGAGUGCUGCAAGAAAUUUUUUUAUCUCCCCUCUGCUGUGCUGGUUGCUUGCUUCGAUGUGUUCGUUCUGAGCUAUGUCUCACGAUUCCAGCCUUGUAGAGCACGGGCAUGGAUCCAACGGCGGCACGGGCACCGGAUCCUGGUCCUGGUCCUGGUCUCAUCGCCGGCGUGGGAGGGCGCCGUAAGGAGCGCGGAGAGCAGCUCAUCCCGCUCGGCGGAGUGCUCAAUGCGGGUGCGCAGCGCUGCGGCGCCGGCCUCCGCGUCGGUGAGGCGCGCGCUGAGCGAGGCGGCCUCGUCCCUGGCUGCUACGACGCGGGCUAGGAGGCGUGGCGGGGGCUCGGGAGUGGGCGCGGCGCCAGAGAGAGAGAGAGAGGAAGGAGAGGGGACGUGAGAAAGAAGAGCAUAGGGGUAUUUUGGUCCAUAAAUUUUACAAAACACAUCAAAAGGGUAAGUAGUGGUAUGCUUUGAAGAGAUGUAAAAUUGUAAUGGCACGGUUCCAAAUAGACGAAUUGUAAUGGCAGAUUAGUGAACUUGAAAAAUUAUAAUGACACAGAUCCAAUUAACCCAAAAUAUACCC